CAGCACGUGGAAGGACAGUGGUGCAGUGAUCCCUGAGAGGGGAGGAGGAGAUCCAGCAGGAAAGUGAGGAGGGGAUGUGAGCUGUGCUCAGCAUGCUGUCCAUGCAACAGUUUACCAGCCUGCCUGCUGAGGAGAGCUACAGACCAGUCAUCUGCACCAGCAGGGUCUUUGGAGCAGAUGAAAAUAAUAUGGGGGAUGGUUGUUCUCAGAAGCUGGCGUCUGCCAAGUACCUACGUGUUUUGCUGCUCAUUCUGAUUCCAUGUAUUUGCGCUCUUAUACUGUUGCUGGUCAUUCUGCUCAGUUUUGUAGGUGUAAUAGACCGCAACUGCUUUGCCUCUAAUAGAAGCGACACAUUAAUAACUGAAAUUGGAUCUUCUGACAUUCCGUUUUUGAAGAUGAAUGACAGUGCUUCAGUGACAGUACGAGAGUGGGAUGGAAUUCCUUCAUGGAAAUCUACCACCCAAACUGACCAAAGUUAUACAAACUUUAGCAGAGUUACAGAAUCUCUGCCUCAAAAUCAACCCUCCCCUUUUACACAUAGCACAAAAACUGAAACUGGACAGGCCAAAGAGCUUACAGAAGUUGAGAGCACGUUUGGUCCAGCAGUCAACUUGCCUACUACAAUCUCUUCAAAGUUCCGGGACAAUGCACCCAGUAGUCCGACUAUGAAGCCAAUGUCUCCUGCAAUUGUCGUUACAGAAGAUGCCUGUGUAAACAUCACCCACAGCCAAUGCCAACUGCUGCCAUACAACCACACUUUGCCGAAGUCUGUGUAUUCCUUUGUCAAGAGCAUAGAUAUGGAGAUGUUCCUAAAGUUCUUCAGCUAUCUCAGCCGCCUCAGCUGCUAUCAACCUAUCAUGUUGUUCGGCUGUAGUUUGGCUCUUCCUGAAUGCGUCAGUAAUGGUGAUGACAGUUAUCCCUUACUACCAUGCAGAUCAUUUUGUGAGGCUGCUCAAGAUGGUUGUGGGCCGGUGUUGGAAAUGGUGAAUUCCUCUUGGCCGGAGUUCCUGAGAUGCUCCCAGUUCCAGAACAAGACAGAUAACAGCAAUUUGAGUCGUGUCUGCUUCUCACCACAACACGAGAAUGGCCGUCAAUCAUUGUGUGGGGAACAAGACAGCUUUUUCUGCAGUAAUGGAGUCUGCAUAGCCAAGAAACUUACGUGCAACGGAUACAAUGACUGCGAUGACUGGAGCGACGAGGUACAUUGCAAUUGCAGUGAAAAUCUUUACCGGUGUAACACAGGAAAGUGCCUUAAUCACAGCUUCGUUUGCGAUGGAUAUGAUGACUGUGGAGAUCUGAGUGAUGAGCAGAAUUGUGACUGUAACCCUGCACAAAGUUAUCGCUGUGGGGAUGGACGAUGUAUCACAUUGGGAUGGGUGUGCGAUGGAGACCACGAUUGUGCGGACAAGUCCGAUGAAGUCAACUGCUCUUGUCAUAGUCAAGGUCUCUCUGAGUGCAAAAAUGGACAGUGUAUUCCUAGUUCCUUCCUCUGUGAUGGAGACAAUGACUGUAAAGAUGGCAGCGAUGAAGAAAAUUGCACUGAAAAUAAGGGUCAGCCAUGCCAAGAAGGGGACUCAAGGUGUGUUUUGCCAGCUUGCCCUGGACCAUGUGCCAAUGACCCCAACUGUGAAAUACCUCAAAACAAGACCAACUGCAGUCAGUGUGAGCCGAUAACCCUUGAACUUUGUAUGAAUUUACCAUAUAAUUAUACACAUUUCCCAAAUUAUCUUGGCCACAGAACGCAGAAAGAAGCCUCCAUAAGCUGGGAGUCCUCUUUAUUCCCAGCCCUUGUUCAGACCAAUUGUUACAAAUAUCUCAUGUACUUUGCUUGCACUAUUCUGGUACCAAAGUGUGAACUUGAGACAAACCAACGGAUACCCCCUUGCAGAUCUCUCUGUGAACAUUCCAAGGAGCGCUGUGAGUCUGUAUUAGGGAUUGUGGGGUUACAGUGGCCUGAAGACACUGAAUGUAGUCAGUUUCCUGAUGAAAAGUCUGAUAACCAGACAUGUCUGAUGCCUGACCAGUAUGUGGAAGAAUGCUCGCCCAGCCACUUCAAGUGUCUAUCUGGUCGUUGUAUCUUGGCCUCCAGAAGGUGUGAUGGAGAAGCAGACUGUGAAGAUGACAGUGAUGAAGCAAAUUGCGACUGCACAGAGAGAGGCCUAUGGCAAUGUCCAGGAAACAAGAUGUGCAUUAAACAUUCCAUGAUCUGUGAUGGCUUUCCAGAUUGCAUUGACGAGUUGGAGGAGAAAAACUGUUCAUCCUGCACGCAAGAUGAGCUUGAAUGUGCUAAUCAUGAGUGUGUCUCAGGGGAUAGGUGGUGUGAUGGGAGAGUCGAUUGUACAGACAGCUCUGAUGAAUGGAAUUGUGUUACUGCCUCCAACAAUAUAAGCUCAUUGAUGUCCCUGGUAAUUCAUAGAGCAGCAUCUGACUACCAAGUGUGUGCUGAUGAAUGGGAAGAAGAUUUAUCUCAAUGGGUCUGCAGGCAAAUGGGUUUAGGAGGUCCCUCCAUGACUGUGGUUACCCCUAUCAACUCUCAACAUUCAGAGCCUAAUGAUUUGUUGCAUCUAAAACCCAAGUGGAGGAUGCACAAUGGAUCUGCUUUCCAUGAACUCUUGUUACCAGGGCAUUCAUGUGAAAGCAAAAGCAAAAUUUCUCUUCUGUGCACCAAAGAAGAUUGCGGACGUCGCCCUGCAGCACGAAUGAGCAAGAGAAUACUUGGUGGCAGAACCAGUCGCCCUGGUAGAUGGCCAUGGCAAUGCUCUCUACAGAGUGAUCCCAGUGGGCACAUCUGUGGAUGUGUUCUCAUAGGGAAGAAAUGGGUGUUGACAGUGGCACAUUGUUUUGAAGGGAGGGAAAAUGCCGCUGUAUGGAAAGUUGUAUUUGGAAUAAACAACUUGGAUCAUCCAUCUGAUUUCAUGCAGACGCGUCUGGUUAAGACCAUAAUCCUUCAUCCACGCUAUAACAGAGCUGUUGUGGACUAUGAUAUCAGCAUAGUGGAAUUAAAUGAAAACAUUGAGGAGACUAGCUAUGUGAGACCUGUCUGCUUACCAUCCAAGGGCCAGUUGGUUGAACCAGACACAUAUUGUUAUAUUACUGGUUGGGGUCAUAUGGGAAACAAAAUGCCGUUUAAACUGCAGGAAGGAGAAGUGCGUAUCAUAUCUUUAGAGCACUGUCGGACAUAUUUUGACACAAUCACAUCCAGGAUGCUGUGUGCUGGUUAUGAAUCUGGCACUGUAGAUUCGUGUAUGGGAGACAGUGGAGGACCCCUUGUGUGUGAACAGUCAAAGGGACAAUGGACAUUGUAUGGUCUAACAUCUUGGGGAUCUGUGUGUUUUUCCAAAGUUCUAGGACCAGGCGUCUACAGUAACGUGUCACAUUUUGUGGACUGGAUUGAAAGACAAAUAUACAUUCACAGCUUUUUAAUCAACUAAUGAUAUAUACCAAAGUCACAAGAUGAGAGACUAGUGAGAAGAAGCCUUAGCCUCAUUGGAGGCUUUAUGUGUUGAGAUAUUUGUUGUGUGUACCAAUGAAAAUGAUAUAUAUUUUUGUUUUUCAAUAUUAGGUAUUUUAGUCAAAACUUUUUGGACUUUUGUACAUACACGUAUCUGUUCACAGUUUUGUUUUUCUGUGUGAUCAUUCCUAAAUAACUUAAGAUUUCAGGAAAUGUAUUUUACUAUUGGUCAUAGGGACAGGUAAACAUUUUAGAUUUAAAGGGGUUCUCUCAUAAAUAAUGUAAACGAAUGAAAAUCAUACUGCAUGUAGUACAUGACAAUCUCUAACAAAGCUAG